UUGGUGAAAAAUAGCUACCAUUCUGGUGACAACGCGAAAUUCCCUAGCGUCAGCGAAGGCGCCAAGUUCGAAUCGCAGGGUUUACGUAAGCGGCGGAAGCAUGACGGACUUGAGUCAGUUCGUUCGGAACGGAAAGAAAAUUAUCGGUGUGGCUGCAAAUUACAAGUCGUUGCUGAAAAUACUCGAAAGACCUGUUCCAGAACUCCCCGAGAUUUUUUUAAAACCGACGAGUAGUUACAUCACAGAAGGACAACCAAUUUUGAUACCACAUGGGUUUACCGUGAACCAAGAAAUUGAACUAGGUGUAGUCAUCGGUAAAAAGGGUAAACAUAUUUCGGAAGACGAAGCAAUGAACCACGUUGGAGGUUAUUGUGCCGCUCUGGACAUGACAGCUCCAUGUCGCAUGAAAGAAGCUAGAAGUAAAGGUGGCUCUUGGACCAUCGGAAAAGGUUUCGACACCGCUUGCCCAGUCAGUGCUUUCGUAACCAAAAGCAAAAUCGAAAAUCCCCACAACGUAAGACUUUGGUGCAAAGUCAACAACGAACUGAAACAAGACGGCAACACGAAUGACAUGAUUUUUACAAUACCGAAACUGAUAAGCUUCAUAUCACAGUACAUGACGUUAGAAGAAAAUGAUUUAAUAGUCACCGGGUCACCCCCAGGAAUGGGACCGGUGCAACCGGGUGACGUGAUUGAAGGCGGAAUUGAAAACCUCAUCAGUUUCAAGUUCUGUGUAUCACAGUAGCAAAAAAACACGACAACUCCAUUCAAAUUUAAUUAAUUUCUUGUACAAACGUGCUUGUGGUAUUUGGAAAAUAAAGUUUGUAACACA